CAGGUGAAGGAGGGCCCCAGACCAGCACCAUGACAGAGUGCUUCGACUGUGACAACUGCAAGGAGUCCUUGUAUGGGCGCAAGUACAUCCAGAUGGACAAUGGCCCAUACUGCAUCCCCUGCUAUGAUGCGCACUUCGCCAACACCUGCGACGAGUGCAAGGAGCUGAUCGGCCACGACUGCAGGGAGCUGUACUACGAGGACCGCCAUUACCACGAGCACUGCUUCCGUUGCUUCCGCUGCGACCGCUCUCUGGCUGAUGAGCCGUUCACCUGCCAGGGCAAGGAGCUGCUGUGCAACGACUGCUACUGCAGCGAGUUCUCCUCCAAAUGUAUCGCCUGUGAGAAGACCGUCAUGCCAGGCUCCCGUAAGCUGGAGUACAAUGGACAGACCUGGCAUGAGCAUUGCUUCAUAUGCAGCAGCUGCCAGCAGCCCAUUGGGUCACGGUCCUUCAUCCCAGACAAGAAGGAUUAUUACUGUGUCCCCUGUUACGAGAGCAAGUUCGCUCCUCGCUGCACUAGAUGCAAAAAGACCCUCACCAAGGGAGGAGUGACCUACCGGGAUGAGCCCUGGCACAAGGAGUGCUUUGUCUGCACAGGCUGCAAGACCCCCUUGGCUGGGCAGCAGUUCACCUCCCAGGAUGACAACCCAUACUGCAUCAAGUGCUUUGGGAACCUCUAUGCGAAGAAGUGCAGUGCCUGCACAAAGCCCAUCACAGGCUUUGGAGGUGGCAAAUACGUCUCCUUUGAGGAUCGUCACUGGCACCACAACUGCUUCAACUGUGCCCGCUGCAGCACCUCGCUGGUGGGGAAAGGCUUCAUCCCUGACAACGAUGAGAUCCUGUGUCGCGACUGCAGCAGCGACCUAACUCGUAGCCUACGUAAGGAAGAACUAAGUGCCAUUUCCGGGCCAAAUGAAUUUGCGGAGUUUUACAACAGACUGAAGCAAAUUAAGGAAUUUCACCGGAAGCACCCAAAUGAGAUCUGUGUUCCUAUGUCAGUGGAGUUUGAGGAGCUGCUGAAGGCCAGAGACAACCCGAGUGAAGAAGCUCAGAAUCUGGUGGAGUUCACAGAUGAGGAAGGGUACGGACGAUACUUGGAUUUGCAUGAUUGUUACCUCAAAUACAUUAACCUGAAAUCAUCAGAGAAAUUGGAUUAUAUCACUUACUUAUCCACAUUUGACCAACUCUUUGAUAUUCCCAAGGAGAGAAAAAACGCUGAAUAUAAGAGGUAUCUUGAAAUGCUCCUUGAGUACCUGCAGGAUUACACGGAUCGAGUGAAACCGUUACUGGACCAGAAUGAACUUUUUGGGAAAAUUCAGACGGAGUUUGAGAAGAAGUGGGAGAACGGCACAUUCCCGGGCUGGCCGAAAGAGACCAGCAGUGCCCUCACCCAUGCUGGUGCCCACCUGGACCUCUCGGCCUUCUCCUCCUGGGAGGAAUUGGCCUCCCUGGGGCUGGACAGGUUAAAAUCAGCUUUGCUGGCUCUGGGGCUGAAGUGUGGCGGGACUCUGGAGGAACGUGCUCAGAGGCUUUUUAGCACUAAAGGCAAAUCCCUGGAAGCUCUUGAUCCUUCCUUGUUUGCUAAGAAUCCAAAGACAAAAGGAAGCAAAAGAGACACUGAGAGAAAUAAAGAUCUUGCAUUCCUGGAAGCUCAGAUAUAUGAGUACGUGGAAGUUCUUGGGGAACAAAGACACCUCACCCACGAGAAUGUGCAGCGUAAGCAGGCACGGACAGGGGAGGAGAGAGAGGAGGAGGAGGAAGAGCAGAUCAGUGAGAGCGAGAGUGAAGAUGAAGAAAAUGAAAUCAUUUAUAACCCCAAAAAUCUGCCUCUUGGUUGGGAUGGGAAGCCCAUCCCUUACUGGUUGUAUAAACUCCAUGGUUUGAACAUCAACUACAACUGUGAGAUUUGUGGUAACUACACCUACCGAGGGCCCAAGGCGUUCCAGCGGCACUUUGCAGAGUGGAGACAUGCCCACGGAAUGCGGUGCCUGGGCAUUCCCAACACAGCACACUUUGCCAAUGUCACACAGAUUGAGGAUGCAGUCUCGUUGUGGGCAAAGCUGAAACAGCAGAAGGCUUCAGAGAGGUGGCAGCCUGAUACAGAGGAGGAAUAUGAGGAUUCCAGUGGGAACGUGGUGAAUAAAAAGACCUAUGAAGACCUGAAGCGCCAAGGGCUGCUGUAGCUGUCCCCAGAUGAAGGAUCUCACAAUUGCAGAGAGUGGAUCUGGCAGCAGCUCUGACUUCUUCAUUGUCUGGAUUUUGUAUGUGCAUGGAUAUAGAUUUCAAGAAUACUUUAUAGAGUCACUUUCUAGUAAGCCCCUUAGACUUGUGACAUUGUUUUAUAUUAAAAAAUACCUUGAAAAAUAAAGUCAUUGUAAUUUAGGAA